AAGAUGGCUGCCGGGGGAGCGCGCGGCGUCACGCUGGCUCGGCCCCGCCCCCCCCCGGAAGCAAGCCGCGUGAGAGGGGCCUGGCUGCGCGGUUGCGGUGCAUGCUGGGCGCACCUUUCCCGGGGUGACUUUGCAGAUAAGCGAAGGCGUCUGCGGCUCGCUGCUUCCGCCGGUGGCAGGGAUCCCCCCCCCCCCCCCCCGGCCAGGAUGGUCGGGGUGAAGGUAAUCGCCAACGACACCGAGUUCCAGCCGGAGCUCAGCGCCGCCGGCUCCCGGCUCGCCGUGGUCAAGUUCACCAUGCGGGGAUGUGGUCCUUGUGUGAGGAUAGCCCCAGCUUUCAAUGCUUUGAGUAAUAAAUAUCCCCAGGCAACUUUUUUGGAAGUGGAUGUACAUCAGUGCCAGGGAACAGCUGCAACCAAUAAUAUAUCAGCAACACCAACAUUUUUGUUUUUCCGAAACAAAGUGCGAAUCGACCAGUAUCAAGGAGCUGAUGCUGUAGGAUUAGAAGAAAAAAUUAAACAGCAUCUAGAGAAUGAUCCUGGAAGUAAUGAGGACACAGAUAUUCCAAAAGGAUAUAUGGAUUUAAUGCCAUUUAUUAAUAAAGCUGGCUGUGAAUGUCUUAAUGAAAGUGAUGAGCAUGGAUUCGAUAAUUGUUUACGUAAAGACUCUACCUACCUGGAAUCUGACUGUGAUGAGCAGCUUCUUAUUACUGUAGCUUUUAAUCAACCUGUCAAGCUUUAUUCCAUGAAACUUCAAGGGCCAGAUAAUGGUCAAGGUCCCAAGUAUAUAAAAAUCUUCAUCAACCUUCCCCGAUCUAUGGACUUUGAAGAGGCAGAAAGAAGUGAACCAACCCAAGCUUUGGAACUAAUGCCAGAUGAUAUAAAAGAAGAUGGUAUUGUCCAGCUUCGCUAUGUAAAAUUUCAGAAUGUUAACAGCGUAACUUUAUUUGUCCAGUCCAAUCAUGGCGAUGAAGAGACAACAAGAAUUACAUAUUUUACAUUUAUUGGAACUCCAGUCCAAGCUACAAAUAUGAAUGACUUCAAGCGAGUGGUAGGCAAGAAAGGAGAGAGCCACUAAGAUGCAAGAAACACUGGAUCGCCUUAUUGCAAUCAUAUGGGAUCUUCACUUUAUCUACAGCUCCUGGAUAAUUGCUUGACUGUAGCCAGAGACUGUCAGUCUGUUUCAUUUAAUGCCAUUACCAAUAAAUCAUUGCUUUUGUUGAGAUGGAGUUUCACUAGAGUAUUUCUGUUGUAAUUUUGGUACAUAUAUUUGUAAAUAAAAUUCAUUACUUUUGCGAAGUUUAAUUUUGUCAUUGUAAUAACUAAAGCUUUUUUUUUUUUUACAGUUUCAUUUAAAUUUUAAAACUGGACUGGCUUAUCUUUAAAAAACAGAAGACUUAAUGUAGCCUGCAUUUUUUGUUUAGUUUAAAAUGUCAAAUUUAAGUAAAUCAUCUUUGGUUUUCUGAAAGUACAUUUAAAAAUAAAAUCCAGAGUACUUUGUUAUAA